GUCCCAUUGACAUUAAUGAAUAGUGCAUGGCAAAGUUAAGUUCUUUGCUUUCAGUGGCUUUGCUCUGAGUAGAACUUAGCUGAAUACCACCCAAAGUAGUAGCAACCUGGCUAGUAACUAACCCAAGUACACGUAACUGACACAGUUUCCACCCUGUUUAUUCCUGGGCGCUCUUCCUUCUCCUGUGCUCUUCGAAGUUUUGUUUUAGGCUGCAAGUUCCUCCGGGAAGAACCUGUUUAUCCUCUUGCAUUCUGUUCCGUGAAAAGAGCCAUGCACAUGGAUACUGAGAGUUAUCAAGCCAACAGGUGAUAAAACACGCAGUGUGGUUGUAAAUGCCACUUUGCUUAUUUGCAGACAUUCUAGUGCUAUCUGAAUGGUUUGAAUUUCUUGCCUUUCAUUUCCUCCUGCCCUCGCUGGGCACAAUUCCCACUACUAGGCCACUCACAUCUGCAUUUGUCCUGCAGUUGAUGUUUACGCCUCAGGUUUCUGAUGGAAGAGGGAUUUAGUCUACGGGAGGAUGGAUCAGGCUGCAGGAUCAACACUGUGGUUUUGUUAUGUUUUUUUUUUCCAGGCAAAAGAAAGGCAAGAAGUUUAUGCCACAAUAAAUUGGUUCGUUUUUAAGGGGUCACAAGACACUAUUUGUUUAUGGACAUGGAAGGUUCCUAUAUCUCCCAACGUCUUUUUGCCUGACUUCCAGGCUGCGGGUAUCAUUAAGUUUUCACAUAUUAUUUUUACAUUUUACAAGACAUAAGACCUUAGUUAAAAAGAACAGGAAUCGUUAUCUUUGUUAUUAGUGUCUUUCGGUGGAUGGGGGCUCAGGAGAAGUAGAAUUCUGCAAAGUUCUGGUUUUCUCCGUUGUUUCCUCUAGGCAGCUGCCUCUUCAGCUUUGCAGGCGAAGGAAGGCAACACCCCCCCCCAAAAAAUUAAAAAUAAAUAAAUCAAAAGUAUCCCGGAAGUCAACCUCCCAUACUGAGAGAAUGCAAUUGUUAACUCUGCACUAACUCUAUAGAGCAUUCGUCGCCCGCGGCCGACGUUUCUCCACAGUUAGCGGAAGUUCUCCCUCUCCCUGCUUCUUCUCUACCCUUUCCUAUCUCUAGGCAGAUGGGAGAGGGGCGGGCGGGUGUGAUAUUACUUCCGGGAGGAGCUAAGAUGGCGAGCCGCGCGCUGGUGGUGGCGCGAGGAGGGCUCGGCGGCCGUGUUGCCGGUUGGUUAAAGGGCCGCGGGGGGCGGGGGGGGGAGAAGGCAGGGAGGUGGUGGGCGGCGGCGUGUCGGCUGGCGAGGGAGAGCGAAGAGGCAAGAAGCCUCUCCUUAAAGAACUCGUGCAGGAGAGACCCGUGACCUUUUGUGCUUGGCGGGCUGCUACUCGGUUCAUUACGGCCUUUGCCUUAGUGCCGGUCUUGGGGUCUGAGGCAGCGGCGGAGCAGCCCAUCACGUCGAAGCGGGGGGAGGCGGCGUGUGGCAGGAGGAGGGCCCGGCCCUUCCUUCCCCCUGAGUGUGUGAGGCCGGCCCCUCGGUGCAUCCCUCCAGGCUUCUUCCGCGGAUGCUGUCUCUGCUGCUCCUCCCCCACCUGCGGCAAAGAGGCGGUUUCUCCCGGCCCCGGCGAGGUGGUUCCGCCCCUUCGCCCGCCCGAGGGGAGCUCUGAUUCUCAGCACGUGCCAGUCAAUGGUUUAGCGUCAGGGAUGAGCAGGGAGGUAGCAAAGCGUGCGGGUAGCAAACCGUUCAAGGUGGUUGAAACAAAAGAGAUGGUGAGCCUCUCCAAUCUGAGCGGAAAAGGGCAAUAAAAGAAAUAGUAUGGUGCAAUGGUUAGAGUUUUGUUCUGUGGCCUGAUGAGAGACCAGGGUUUGAAUCCCCACUGGGCCACAUAGCUCACCGGGUGACUUUGGGCCUGUCACUGUCUCUCAGCCUAACCUACCUUACAGGAUCAUUGUGAGGAUAAAAUUGGGACUAGGUACACCACUUUUAGCUCCUUAGAAGAGAAGGUGGUAUAUCAAUGCAGCAAAUUAAUACAUAUGGUGAGUGUAAGCAAGUGUAAAGUGAUGCACAAUAGGGCAAUAAAUAAACCUGGAUUUCACAUAUACACACGUUCUUGUAUUCAUUGUGUUGUAUGAGCAAGGUUGUUUCACGGAAUAUAGAGAUCCUGCCCCCUGCCGUACAAGUCAGCAUAUCGGAUGCUAUUAUUCAUAAUGUUUAUUUUAAAAGUGCUUAAGUUCACAUAAAAUUACUUUUUUGCAGCUGUUGUCUCUUGAAGUUUAUGGGCAUAGGCAGAAGAAGGAAAAUUGGGGGAGACAGGGACAUCAGGAUGUGCAAAGAUAAUGUAUUUGUUAUAAAGUGCUGUCUUACGAAAGUGAUCACCCAUUUUGCUUGUGUUUUGCAGGCCUCCGUGGCUGCCUGCCUCGUUAUCUGCAAGGUUUUAUAGCUACGGUAAGAAUUCUGGGCAGUGGUGGGCAAAUUGUUUUGAUUUCUUGCAAGCCACCCAGAGUGGCUGGGGCAACCCAGUCAGAUGGAUGAUGAGGAGGAGGAGGAUGAUUGCUGUGAUAUUAUAGGCAGAGAGGGCUAAAAUUCUGACACUCUUCUUCUGCAGCCGUCCUUGACCUGCCCAGCCUUCCAUGGGCAUACGUUCCUUGUUCGAAGUUUUGCAGUUGAAGCGAAGAAAGUAUUUGUACGAGACAAACCGCACGUCAAUGUUGGAACAAUUGGGCAUGUGGACCAUGGGAAAACUACAUUAACGGCAGCCAUCACCAAAAGUGAGUGUUAGGGGUGGGGGAAUGGUUAUUAUUAUGGAAGAUGAGAUAGGUAGGGUGAGAACAGGCCUAGACCUGAUCAAAACAGCUAGUUGAAGGAAAGUCAGCAGGCAGCCAGGGAGCCAAAUCAAGCCAGCAAGGGCUGACCACCCAGCCUCCAAAAUAGACUCCAUCCCAAAACUGCACAUCAUUGGGAUACACCUCACCUGCUUUCUCUUGAACUCAGAUGCAGGCAAAGGCAAUGUGAACAGCGAUACCUGUGCCUUAGUUGCUCAUUUCAGAUGCUCACUCCCUUGCACAUGUUAGGGUGUGAGAAAAUGGGCACCUUUGGUGUCCAAAGGAAGGGGCCAAACCUCAGUUGCUGUUCAGACUAGAGAAGGGAGUUCAAGAGCCCUUUAGCUCUGCCUGCUGACCUGUUCCCAUACCAGCUAAGACACCGAUAGUCCUUGCAGGCCUUUCAGAUUUGAUCAGUUAAAAACAUUGCUUCUUUUCCCCCUUCUUCAAAAAAUGCUACUGAGUAAGACACUAGAUCAAUCUUUUUUGGGGAGAAACUCAAGAACCUUGUUUACCCCUUCUGCUGUUAUUUCCAGUUUUGGCAGAUACUGGAAGCGCCAAGUUCAAGAAAUAUGAAGAAAUUGAUAAUGCACCCGAAGAGAAGGCACGUGGGAUCACCAUCAAUGCCUCCCAUGUUGAAUAUUCAACAGCUAACCGCCAUUAUGCCCACACAGACUGCCCUGGGCAUGCCGAUUAUGUUAAGGUAUGUGUGAGGAACUGGGAAUCCAUGAAAGCCCUGAACACACUCAUGAUCCUCAUCCAGAAUACCUGUUGAUGGCACAUGCCAUUAAAAAAAAAAGAAUUCUUGGAGGAUUUCCAAGAUCUAGAAAACUUCCAAGCCAUAUCAAACAUAGGAGCGUGGUUUUUCAAAGUAGUUCACGUUUUGGAGAUACCACAGCCUGACAUGUUUCCCAUGUCUUCUUUGUAGAACAUGAUCACAGGAACAGCGCCACUAGAUGGCUGCAUCCUCGUCGUAGCUGCAACAGAUGGACAGAUGCCACAGACAAGGGAGCAUCUUUUGCUUGCCAAACAGGUGAGUCUGUGGUCUUGGAAUGGAAUAGGGUAGAGAUGGUUUGGGUGAUCUAGUACAUACUUCUGAGAAUAUGAUGGGUGCUUCUGUCAAGCAGGGCUGGAAGUCUUGAGAAGGGAGCAAUGUACAUGUGGGUCACCCUUGUUUUCUUCCCUACCACCUCAGAUAGGAGUGAAGCAUGUUGUAGUGUACAUCAACAAAGCUGAUGCAGUCGAUGAUGCAGAGAUGUUGGAGCUGGUAGAGCUGGAGAUCCGCGAGCUGCUCACAGAAUUUGGCUACAAUGGGGAAGAAACGCCUGUUAUCUCAGGCUCCGCUCUGUGCGCCUUGGAGGUCAGUGGUGCACACACACAUUUUGUCUUGAGUGUCAUUCCUUAGCAGGAAUUCUUCCAUUGCUUAAUCAUUUAUAUCACCACCUUCCAUUCCUGUUCCUUGCAGCACCGAAAUCCAGAGCUGGGCUUGAACUCCAUCAUGAAACUGCUGGAUGCAGUGGAUACACACAUUCCUGUGCCACAGCGGGAGCUUGAUAAACCCUUCCUGCUUCCCAUAGAGCAUGUUCACUCCAUACCAGGUACUAAGCUUCAUAGGUUGCCCCCAUUUGCUUUUAAGGGAGGUGCAGCAAGGGAGGAUCCUGUAGGGCUGUCUGGCUGUCCUGUAUAGCUUCAUUUGACUGCUUUAUUCCAGGCCGAGGCACUGUGGUAACUGGUACACUUGAGCGUGGCAUUAUCAAGAAAGGAGAUGAUUGCGAAUUUGUAGGGCACAACCGGGACUUGCGCUCAGUGGUAACCGGUAAGUCCUUUAGAUUUUCUGCAAGACUCGUCAACUUCCUGGUCUCCCCCUGCCUUCCAAGUUUGGUAGAACAGGGAUAAAACACCUUAUGUGAAAAUGGCGGUCAUGGCAAAGGACAGUUAUGGUUGGGUGGGGGAACUCCCCAGAAAGUUUGCAAAUGGUAAUGGCACUCCUUUUGACUUCAGGUAUUGAGAUGUUCCACAAACAAUUGGAACGGGCAGAGGCUGGUGAUAAUUUGGGCGCUUUGGUGCGGGGGCUGAAGAGAGAGGAUAUACGGCGGGGGAUGGUUAUGUGCAAGCCCGGCUCCAUCAAGCCGCACCAGAAGGUCGAGGCUCAGGUAAGCAGGCAGGACAGAUUUGCAAAUAAUUUAUAAGACCUAACCUAAGGAACCUCCUCACCCACUAUAUCCCUGCCUGGUAACCGCGCUCCUCAUACGGGGCCCUGCUGAGAGUACUGCGUGGCUCAGAGGUGCACUUAACCUGCACUAGGAACUGGGCUUUUAGUUUUGCAGCUACAUGAAUUGGGAAUCAAUUAACCACCAAAAUCAGGCAGGCACCUAGCAGGGUGUUUAGGCGCUUAAUGAAAGUCAUUUUUUGUUCAGGAAGGCUUUCCCUGAGGAUGUAAUCCAGUCAUUUAUGGAAGAUCAGUGUUGUCUAAUGGAAGUGGGUUUCUUUUGUUUGCAUGGAUGUUUUUGUUUUUAGUAAGUUGAUGUUAUUGCUUUUAAAGAUGGUGUUUGAUUCUGUUUUUAUCAUGACCACUGCUUCAGUGGCUUCAUGCUAUGAAGCAGUCUAUAAAUUUGUGUAAUUAUGAUGGGACACUUUCACAUUCCGUAAAAUAAUGGUUUAAUUUGGAGCUCACAUUGAUCGUCCAGACAAGGCAAACAAGUCACUUCUCCUUCCCAGGUUUACAUCCUGAGCAAAGAAGAAGGUGGUCGUCACAAGCCCUUUGUUUCUAACUACACACCUGUUAUGUUUUCUCUGACCUGGGACAUGGCCUGCCGUGUAGAAUUGCCUGCAUCAAAGGUUUGUCUGACACUUGCUGCCCCCCUCCCCCCUUUCCAGCAGCCUCUUGCUUCCUAUAAGCAUUGCUGAAGUGACUUAUAGAACCCACAUUAGAGAAUAGCUCUUGAUCUGCUUUGCUUCUGAUGCUUAUAACUGAAAACUGGUACAACUACUGCAAUAUCUUACAGGUCUUAUUCCCUCUUCCUUAGGAAAUGGUGAUGCCAGGUGAAGACACCUCCAUUAUUUUGACAUUGCGGCAGCCCAUGGUUUUGGAAGAGGGGCAGAGAUUCACGCUACGGGAUGGACACAGAACCAUUGGCACUGGAGUUGUCACAAAAACACUGUCAGUAACUGCAGAAGAUAAGGCGAAGUGGGAAACUUAAGUAUAUUCCUCAGAAGCAUGCUUGUGAGGCAUUUCAGGCCACUGAACAUGUAGAACACAUGAAACCAGGAGUUAAGCGCAUUGCAGAAAGAGGAAGGAUAUAUGUUGAAAGCUUCACAAGCUAUGAGCGGUUUCUUGGAAUAAAGCCCCUUGCUGCUGAAAUUAUACCCUUACUAAAGUAAGUGGUUAGCCUUAUCACCUUGGCUGAGGCGAGAAAAGCCUAAUGUAUUCUGUUCAUUUCAAGGGUGGGUGGGGAGGGCAAGUUGGUUAAAUAAAAGAAUGGAAAGCU